CUGUCUGUGUAUUUUCAUCUAGCUCGUCUUUGUUCUGUAUCCUGUGUUGUAUUGCUUCCGCGUGGGUAGUCCACCAGCGCGAUAGGGCCCUCCAGAUGGCUGAUCUCUCUCUCUCUCAGAACCGAUCUUCCUUAGUGCGUUGGGACGGAAUGGCCAAUGCAGAUGGCCACAGUCCAGCGGCGUCGCAAGCCGAAGCUCUCCAAUGGGAAGGCGACAGAAUGUUCAACAUAUAUAUCCAUGAUUAUUGUGUCAAGCACGGGUACAUCGAAACCGCGCAAGCGUUGAUGCGAGAAGCGGGCAUCCAAGACGCUGCAACACCCCCAAUAAAUGCGAAGCAAGGCUUGUUGUUCGAGUGGUGGAACGUCUUCUGGGUCUUGUUCUCGGCGAAGAGUCAGUUAUCGGGCCACCCUGGACCUGGCUCUGAAGAUGCUAUUGUGUAUCUCCAGCACCAAUCUCAGCGGCCACCACAGCCAAGCCGACCACCAGCGCAACCCGCUCGGUAUGUCAACGGUGUAACUCGCACAGCGGCUCAUAUGCCGAAUGGUACAAUACCCAACGGUGUUGGUCCGAACGGCGUAGCCAACGGCGCACCUCCUACUAUGCCGAAUGGCACGACCGGUACGCCCUUCACCAACGCGCAGCCAAACGGCAUACCAGGCACCGCUGCAGGGCCAAACGGCGUCCCACCGUCGCAACCGCAGAACAUGCAAAUGAUGCCCGGAGGACAGAGAAUGAACCCCGGUGCUCCCGGGCAGCCUAAUCCUGCGUCUGGUAUGCCAGGCAACCAGCAAUCCCUAAACCAGAUGAGCCGUGGCAUGCUGCCUCCUAACGGCCCUCCGGGGAUUGGCCAGUCGCAGACUCCCCAGCCGGGUCCCCAGCAACUGGGCCGGUCACCAAGUCAGCCUGCUUCUCCGGCGCCGAACGGCGUCAUGCCGUCCCCGAGCCCAUCGAUGACGGCGAGGCAACCCCCGGGCAUGCAGUACGGUGCGCAGAUGCAAGAUAACCCUCUGAACGACUUCUUCCGUCUACCUGUGGAGAACCAACGAAUGUUGAAGCAAGAGGCCGGGAUAACAGGUGACAAGGACUUACCCUCGUUGACUCCCGAAGAGAAGCACCGGCUAACCAAUGUGAUGAGGCAGAGGCGGUCCAUGAUGCCCAAGCCACCUGGUGCACCUCAAACGAACGCCGCCGCUGGCCCGUCGAACCCACCAAUGCAGCCGCCUCAGCAACGCCCGCCGGGACAGCAGCCACAUACGCCGCAGAUGUCGGGACAGCCUCCACUUACUCAGCGUGGACACAAGCGCAAUAGCACCUCUCCCGGUCAAGAGGCUGAGCAGUUGCCGAAGACUGAGUCUUCGCCACCGGACAGGAAGCGACCUCGUCGAACACCCGGCCCUGAUCAACAGCAGCAGGGCCAGCAGCAGCAGGGCCAACAGCAGCAACAACAGCAACAACAGCAACAGCAACAGCAACAGCCGCCACCGAUGCAGCAGGGCGGGGCACCGUUUCAGAAUCCCCUCCAACAGGGUGCCCCUGGUCCCCACCAGAUGCCUGGCGGCAUGCGAAGUGCGAUGAUGCCUGGGAUGCCUGGGUUCCCCGGCCAAGGGAUGCACCAGAUGGGGCAAGCCCCCGGGAUGCCUAUGACAAUGGGCGCGAACAUGGGUGGCCCGCACAUGGGCAAUGCAAUGAGCCCUGGCAUGAUGAACCACCCCCCGCCGAACGGCAUGCCCAUGAACCACCUGAACCAACAAAUUCACCGUGAGCACCAGUACAGGCAGACGAUGCACAACCUCCACAAGAGCAACCUGCCGCACGGCGCGCUGGGCAAUCUCCUUCCGCAGGGCGCGGGGGGCUCGCCGUCGAACACCGACGGACAGUUUGCAGGCGGGCCACCGGGACCCGGAGGCCAGAAUCGGAUGGGUCAGAACAAAGGCAUGGUGGGUAUGAUGCCCCCGCCGUCGCCGGGCAUGAAUGCGGCGAAGAUUAUGGGAGGGCCGGGCAAGGACCCCACCAGCGGCGAUUCAUCGGCACCGAACACAUCCCCGCAAAACGCCGCAGUUGGUGUACCUCAGGGUCCUCCUGGUGUUCCUGGCGGUGGCCCCCCAGGCGUAUCCGCCCCGCCGACGCCAGGCGGUAUGACCGCGCCCUCGCCACAAGGGAUGCUCAGCAACGGCGGUACGCCGGCUAUGGCACCGAGCCACCCGCCUGUACAGUCCCAGAUGCCGCCCAGCUCAGAUCAGUCCAUCAUCCCGACCGACUUCCUACAGUCCGUCGCGUCGCAGCUAGACACCUCUUUCAUCGGCGACUCGCUCUUCGGGCGCGGAGAUCCGAGUCUGGGCAUGGACUUUGAGCGCGACUUCGACGAGUGGUUCAACCCUGAUACUGGUUUGUGAAGGACAUGUGUCUCGUCGGACUGGAUCUUGGUGUCGUUGCUGCUAUUGCCGCUGCUCCUCUUUGUUUUUGCGCUCACCCCCGUGUCCCAUUUUCCGCGCCAGUCGUGCAGUUACCCGUCGUAUUUCUCUCUCUGCGUUCACAUCUACCCGGAUGUUGUUGUAUUUAUCACAA